AUGGACAAGAAAAGCAAAAUGCAAGCAGAGAAGCACCUGACAGGAACGUUGGUCCUCUCCGUCUUCACUGCGGUGUUGGGCUUCUUCCAGUACGGCUACAGCCUGGGUGUCAUUAACGCCCCCCAGAAGGUGAUAGAAGCUCACUAUGGGCGUGUGCUGGGCAUUGCCCCCCCAGACAGACGUGCCACCAACGCCUCCACGGAGGGCGGCACAGGGCCCUGGGGUGGCCCCGAGGGCACACUCGCACCCCCGGCCAGCAGCAGCGGGGACCUGGCUGCCACGCACGUCCUCACCAUGUACUGGUCCCUCUCGGUCUCCGUGUUCGCCAUCGGCGGCAUGGUCUCCUCCUUCACCGUCGGCUGGAUCGGCGACCGCCUGGGGAGGGUGAAAGCCAUGCUGGUGGUGAACGUGCUCUCCAUCGCCGGGAACCUCCUCAUGGGGCUGGCGAAAUUCGGGCCAUCCCACGUGCUCAUCAUUGCCGGGAGAGCCGUCACGGGGCUGUACUGUGGGCUCUCCUCCGGACUCGUGCCCAUGUACGUCAGCGAGGUCUCUCCCACCGCCCUUCGGGGAGCUCUGGGGACGUUGCACCAGCUUGCCAUCGUCACGGGUAUCCUCAUCAGCCAGGUCCUUGGACUGGACUUUCUCCUGGGCAACGAUGAGAUGUGGCCCCUGCUCCUCGGUCUGUCUGGUGUGGCUGCCCUCCUGCAGUUCUUCCUGCUCCUACUCUGUCCCGAGAGCCCCCGAUACCUUUACAUCAAACUGGGGAAGGUGGAAGAAGCUAAAAAAAGUUUGAAAAGGCUCAGAGGAAACUGUGACCCAAUGAAAGAGAUUGCUGAGAUGGAAAAGGAGAAGCAAGAAGCUGCAAGUGAGAAGAAAGUCUCCAUAAGGCAGCUUUUCACCUCUUCAAAGUACAGGCAAGCUGUCAUCGUGGCGCUGAUGGUGCAGAUAUCUCAGCAGUUCUCAGGAAUCAAUGCGAUCUUUUACUACUCCACAAACAUUUUCGAGAGAGCUGGAGUUGGCCAACCAGUUUACGCAACCAUUGGCGUUGGAGUGGUGAACACAGUAUUCACUGUUAUCUCCGUCUUUCUGGUGGAGAAGGCGGGCAGGAGGUCCCUGUUCCUGGCUGGUUUGAUGGGCAUGUUAAUAAGCGCUGUGGCCAUGACAGUUGGACUUGUGCUCCUGAGCCAGUUUGCCUGGAUGAGCUACGUCAGCAUGGUCGCGAUCUUCCUCUUCGUCAUCUUCUUCGAAGUGGGGCCGGGGCCCAUCCCCUGGUUCAUCGUGGCCGAGCUGUUCAGCCAAGGCCCGCGGCCCCCCGCCAUCGCCGUCGCCGGCUUCUGCAACUGGGCCUGCAACUUUAUCGUGGGGAUGUGCUUCCAGUACAUAGCGGAUCUGUGUGGGCCGUACGUGUUUGCCAUCUUCGCGGCUCUGCUUCUGCUCUUCUUUCUGUUUGCGUACUUCAAAGUCCCGGAGACAAAAGGGAAGUCUUUUGAGGAGAUUGCAGCCGUGUUCCGCCGCAAGAAGCUCCCAGCCAAAGCCAUGACCGAGCUGGAAGACCUGCGGGGCAGGGAGGAAGCAUAG